GGAGGGGACGGGACUGACCACUAGAUUACUCUAAGGAUUACACUGCGCGUCGGAAAGCCCCCCCAAAAAAUUGACCCCCACACACACACCACACACACACACACACACACCUCGACAGGAAUAAAGACGCAAAAAGGAAGCGAUUGCGCACGGACGCGCAUCUACACACCCGCCGCACUCUUUUCCCUGGUUUUCUCGGUGAUCUUUAGAAAUUUUUGUGUGUGUUUUUGUGUGUGUGUGUGUGUGUCAUUUUUGGACCGAGUUGACAACCAGGAGGACUAUGAAACAAACAGGGAUAAAACCAGCAAGACAGUGAAGGAGAAGGGGGAGAAAGCUAUAGGGAUCUUUUUUUGGAUCCGUGCUCUUUGGGGCUGCACCAGUUUUUCCAGGAAAAUUAAUCAGGGAGAUAGAAAUAGAAAGGAAAGAAUUAUUGUCUAGGAUUUGAGGUGCAUUGAAUUAUUUUUUUAUUAUUAUAUAUAUUUUAUGAAUUGAUCAAAGGGACACCAAAGAAGACCAGGGCGCGCGCUUAGGAACCUCAUCUAAGCGAUGUGUCCAGACCUUGUGAUUCCCAGACUCCAUUAGGGGGAUUUUUUAUUUGUAUUUUUAUUUUUUGGCUUUGUUUUUAUUUUAUUUUAUUUAUAAGAAAUUGCAUUACGCCUGGUCGGUUCGCGCGCGCGUGUUCAUGUGUGCGUGGAUUAACGCGCGCGCCAAGCACGCACCGCAUCCACCCCACGAACCGAGCCAAACCCGACGCGAGCUCCUCCCUCUCCCCGUCUUUCUCUGCCCGCCCCCUCCACCUCCUCCUCUAUGCUCAGCUCGGUGUGCGUCUCCUCUUUCAGAGGGCGCAAGGGUGGCAGCAAGUCGUGCGCCAAAGCAUGCGCGAGCGCCGACAUGACUUGCCCGUCGGACAGCGAGCGCAUCGUGAUCAACUGCGGCGGCGUGCGGCACGAGACCUACCGCAGCACGCUCCGCACGCUGCCCGGCACGCGGCUCUCGUGGCUCACCGAGCCCGACGCGUGCAGUAACUUCGACUACGACCCCAAGUCGGACGAGUUCUUCUUCGACCGGCACCCGAGCACGUUCGCCUUCAUCCUUAACUACUACCGCACUGGCAAGCUGCACUGUCCCGGUGAUGUGUGCGGCCCGCUCUUCGAGGAGGAGCUCGCCUUCUGGGGCAUCGACGAGACCGACGUGGAGGCGUGCUGCUGGAUGAACUACCGGCAGCACCGCGACGCCGAGGAGGCGCUCGACAGCUUCGAGACGCCCGAGCCGGAGCCGGAGGACGAGGCUGCGGCGCUGGCCGGCGGCGGCGGCGUAGGGGGCGGGGCCGACGGGGACCUCAAGCGGCUCUGCCUGCACGAGGACAGCGGCAAGAAGAGCUGGUGGAGCGUGUGGCAGCCGCGCGUCUGGGCGCUCUUCGAGGACCCGUACUCGUCCAAGUACGCGCGGUACGUGGCGUUUGGCUCGCUCUUCUUCAUCCUCAUCUCGAUCUCGACGUUCUGCCUGGAGACGCACGAAGCGUUCAACACCAUCUACAACCGCACCGAGAACGUGACGGUGGGCAACGUGACGCGCGAGGAGGUAGUGUUCGAGGUGGUGACGGACAGCUGGCUGACCUAUGUGGAAGGCGUGUGCGUGAUCUGGUUCACCAUUGAGGUGUUCACGCGUGUCAUCUUCUGCCCCGACAAGGCCGAGUUCUUCAAGAGUUCGCUCAACAUCAUUGACUUCGUGGCCAUCCUGCCCUUCUACCUGGAGGUGGCGCUGAGCGGUCUGUCGUCCAAGGCCGCCAAGGACGUCCUGGGCUUCCUGCGCGUCGUCCGCUUCGUCCGGAUUUUGAGGAUCUUCAAGCUCACGCGCCAUUUCGUCGGGCUGCGCGUGCUGGGCCACACUCUGCGUGCCAGCACCAACGAGUUCCUGCUCCUGAUCAUCUUCCUGGCUCUCGGCGUGCUGAUCUUCGCCACCAUGAUCUACUACGCCGAGAGGAUCGGAGCCGACCCAGGCGACCCUACCGCCAGCGCUCACACCUCGUUCAAGAACAUCCCGAUUGGCUUCUGGUGGGCCGUGGUCACCAUGACCACGCUGGGCUACGGCGACAUGUACCCCGAGACGUGGUCUGGCAUGUUGGUCGGCGCUCUGUGUGCCCUGGCUGGCGUGCUCACAAUCGCCAUGCCCGUGCCCGUCAUCGUCAACAACUUCGGCAUGUAUUACUCGCUGGCCAUGGCCAAGCAGAAGCUGCCGAAGAAGAAGAAUAAACACAUCCCGCGAGCCCCGCAGCCCGGCUCGCCCAAUUACUGCAAACCGGACGCUCUGGCCAUAGCCACCGCCUCGCCGCACAGGAUCAUGGGUAACGUGCUGGGCGGCAGCAUAGCAGGGGACUGCCCCCUGGCACAGGAAGAGAUCAUCGAGAUCAACAGAGCAGACUCGAAGCAGAACGGGGACGCGGCUAACGCGGCCCUGGCUAACGAGGACUGCCCUACAAUAGAUCAAGUGCUGGGGCCAGACGACAGGAGUCCAGCAACAGGGACUGGGCGCUACCCGCACGACCGCGCCUGCUUCCUGCUCAGCGCCGGCGAGUUCCGUACCACCGACAGCAAUGUCAGGAAAGUAGGCGCUGUGGCUGGCGGCGCCACCUCCCCCCUGGGAGAGGAAUGGUACAAGCCAGAUGGGCCUCUUUUACAGCAGGACCUUAAUGCAAACUCCGCCUCCUCCUGGAUCAAACCAUAGUGACACAGAGUGCUGAGUUUCUGAACUGCCUGCUUUCUCUGUAAAGAAGAAUCUGGUACCGCAGCCAAAAAACAAACAAACAAAACAAAAAAAAAAUCCAGAUUCCAACUCUGUAAAGUGAGAGAACACACUUGGAGAAAAGAAGUGAGGGAGGAGAAGAGAAGAGGAAGGAGACAGAGCGGUGCUAAUACGGAACUGGAAUCUGUCGUGUCUCCGCUCAUGAAUGGAACCCCUGAAUGGAUACCAAGCACAGGCACAUUCCUCCAUUACGAUGGUGGGACUUUCACUCGUUCUUCCAAAACCGGACAGUUGUUUCAACCUGGGCUUCUUCGCGUACAUAUCAGUCCGACGCUGUGGAAAGACUUUCCUUUCCUCUCUUGCACUCAGCGGUUCCAUCACUUUGCAUCCAGUCUGAUUUAUAAAAUAAAAACACAAAAAAUAAACGUGUGCAUGCACUAAAGGUGGAAAAUUUCGACUCAGAAAACAGGGAUUGUUCCCGCUUCGGGAUCCACCUUCUUUCUUUCUUUUUUUUUUUUUUUAAGGGCAAAGAAAAUUCCAUGGACAGUUUCCCAAGCUUGAUUCAACUCUAUGCAAUUCAGCCACUCACACACUAUCACUUCAUCCUCCUCUCAGAAAAUAGAACGAGAGAGAGGGUGAGGAGGUGGAGACUGACUCAUGUCUGCCCCACAAAAAAAAAAAAAAAACUCCUGUCAUCUAGUACGACUUUCAUCAUGUCACAUUCCGGACUCUCUGAAGGAUUCAUGGGGAGGAAAGACGCUCGGACAUCCCCCUCUUUCCGGUCUUUCUCGUGUCUUUCGUCAACAUGUCAGCGUUUUUCUCCUCCUCUGUAGCUGAACCGCAUGGCAUGAACUUAAAAGUAAAUAAGAAAAAAACAACGAACAACGACAUGGAAAAAAAUAUAUAUAUCAUAUAUCCUGGAAGAAGAAAGCGGGACGGGACGGGAAAAAAAAAAUUCGAGGAGACAUGUCAGUCCUGACCGCUGCUUUUGACUGCACAGAGGAGGACCAGAAGAAGGGGGUGGAGUUUCUCAUCAGAACGGAUACGGAGCCUGCUGAAAAACUUUCGAACUAAAACAAUUAAAGGGGGCGGGGUUUUAAAAAAAAAAAAAAAAAGAAGAGAAAGAAACACAAUAGAAUUAUGAAUGCAAAUUGAGAAGAAAAAAAAAUUAAUGCAUUUUCUGACUUUGUUUACCAGCAUGAGGAAAAAAAAAAUUUGCAUGACUCUACUGCUUCUAUAAAGUCCUCACCUGACUUCCCCCUAAACAGACACACCCAUACACACACACACACACACACACUUUAAAAAAAAGAGGGCUUGGAAUUUUCAAAAAAGAGCAAAAUCACGGGAAAAACAUUGCAGGUUUACGUUAUAUGCAACUACCAGUAGAAAGUUCUAUUAAUAAGAAAAUAUAUAUAUUUUUGUUUUACAAUUUAAAAAAAUGGGAUACAGAAAUAUAAAUAAAUUCAUAAAUAAAUAUGAAUAUAUGUAGGACUGCAAGAUCCAGUCAGAAUGUAGAUUUUAGACACACACACACACACACACACACACACACACACACACUCACACACCCCACCUUCCCGACUGAUACGGAAAAUAAAUUCCUGCUAUUUAAAUACUAGUUCUACUCAUCAUUUUCUCACACACAAACGACUCUUGCUUAUCCGCGCUGUUCCUAAUCUCAGCGUCCCUGCGGUCACAUCCUGGGAAUUUACCACCAAAUCUUCCAUCAUUGGCCAGGAAUGGAAACAUGGAAAACACAAGCAGGAAAAUGUAGUUAUUUGGUCACGCUCCAUGCAAACACUUCAGACGCUUCGGGUUUCAUUUCCGGUAUCAGGAGGCUAAUCGUACCCCGCUAGUCCGGCGCAUACAACUGAGGAGAAGGUUUUAACUUUUAACGCUCAGGGUGAUUUUCCUAUUGUUUCGGAAUCAAAUCAGAAGUCUUACAGUAGCACUGCUCAGUGGGGAAAGUCUUUGGCCAUUAUUUUCUGUUUAAAGCAAAUUAACCGUCCAGCGGAUGCGUUUUUUUUUCUCUCUUUCUUUUGGUAUUAGAUGUUAAACUGGGUCUUAGCCAUAACAGGAAAUUUGAUUUAGGCACAAUGGUUCAUAUUCAGUUUACCAAAAGCGCUUUGUUUUUGAAAUCGAUCUCUUGUGAACUACAGAGGGUCGUCAAAAGAGGGAGUGUUGAGUGACAGGCAGCAUGAACCAUCUGCGACUAGACAAAGUAGCAUAUGAUUAACAGGCAUAAGCAGGUAUUUGACUGGUCUAAUAGCUUAUGUCCCCACACACUACGAUCUCCAAAAUUGUAACAUUGCUUUACAGUUAUUUGAUUGGUUGAUGCAAUGGUUUGUCUCCGCCCACUACAAUCCUCAACCUGUAACAUUCUUCUCGUGUCGUUUGAUUGCUUUAUGCACCAACUUAUGUCUCCGCCCACUACAAUCAUUAAAAUUGUAACAAUUAAUUGGUUUGAUUAGUUGGUGAAAUGGUUUGUCUUCACUCAAUACAAUAUCCAAACCAUCACAUUCCUCUACUGUCAUUUGUUUGGUUUCAUUGGUUGAUAGCAGUGCAACAGUUUACGUCCUCACACUUACGUCCCCUGUAACAUUCCCUAUCAUAAUUUUAUCAUGUCCCAGAGUGUAAAUCAACCCCCCCUCAUGUAUGUUCUUGGUCAUUUCCUGGGCAAUUAAACACUUAUUUAAUUUUGAGAAUAUUUUUUGGAUAUUUAUUUUAGUUGCAUUUCAAUCGAGUUCAUCCUGUUUAGUGGUAAACAAGAAAUGAUAGGAAGAUCAAGUAUCGAAAGUGGAGUGUGUACCAAACUAACCCACAGCGAUACUUCCAAAGGUCUUACUGGAAGACCAACGCAUUACAUGGAUUUUCAUUUCAUUAGACAUGAACUUGCAAAGACGGUGGUCUAACACAGAGGUCUCCAACCUUCCAACAACACAGUUUUAUUUGUAGAGCACUUUUAACAAUAAAUAUUGUCCCAAAAACAACUUUACACAGAUAAAUAGAUUAAGAAUAUUUUAGUCCCUAUAUGAUUAUCCCUAAUGAGCAAUCCGGAGGCAAGGCGAUUUUUUUGGGGGGAGUUUAAAAGCCCUUGAGAUACGUUUCAAUUUUCCAUGUUAAAAUGAUUAUUCGAUCAAUUUUCUUAACUAAUCUACUCUACGUACCGCUCGCUUUUCAUGGUUUGCUCAUUGUACAUAAAGACGUCCGUGAAGAAACAUCUCAGAGCCUAUAUCAUUAAUCAUUAAGAAGAGUAAUAUUCUGGAGGUACCUCUGUGAUAUGCUCUUCUGAGGACCUUCUUUACAUGACACUGAGCAAUAUCGUGUACAGCUUCGUGUAUAUACAGUCAAAAUUUGCUUUAAACAUCUUAUCGGACCCAAGACUUUCCCACAGAACUGUGUAGGAGAAGAAAGAAGAAGGAAACAUGACUUCCUCAGUUCAUUUCUAGAUCUAGGUCCAGAUAUAGAAAUGUAGCCAUACAGCUUUAGCCACAUUAGUGAAUCUGUGUUGCUUCACAAAACCCAAACUAGUGUCAUGUUGACAUCAAAUCUCAUACCCGUGUGAAUUCAGCGAUACAGUAAUAAAGACGAGAGUGUUCGCCGACACGUCAGAGCAAUACCAUGAUAUUUUUUUGGGGGGGUUUCGUUCUACUGUCACUGUUCGAUUUCCCAACACUUAAGUGCUUUAAAUGGCAAAACAUGGUCACAGAUUCUGACCGUAUAUCGUAGUUCGUUUUUUUUACUCGUCCGUUGAACGUGAAGUAUUUACAGUGCGCAGCUCAACACAUAUACAUUUCAUCAUCGAAAUCUUCAGUGCUGUUCAGGUCUUCCUUUGAGGAAUUCUAAGGAAAAUCGUGAAACUCACGGAUGCUGCUUCUUCAGUGCACAUUAGUAGGAAAUGUUUUUUGGCGUUUAGUGCAUUACAGAACGGGAUGUCGUGUCCAGGCUGAUGUUUGUGUGUAGCGUAAAUCGCUUUUGUCAUCGUUUUAUAUUUUGAACAACUCCAGGAACACGGGAGAUGGUGGAUGAAGUGGACGGUGUGUUGCACUAGAAAAAACCCUCAUUACAUUUUUUUUAUUUAUUGAGCGAUCUGAUUUCUGUUAUGUUUUAGUCUCUGAGUCACUACCCCAGGCCAGGAUGAGGACAAAAGGAGUCGAGUAACUACCUAUGCAGGGUUGGCAUCGUUCUCAGGCCAGUGAGCUGACAGAUGUGUUGUGUUUGGAGGUGGAUGCAGUGCAGAAGCUGGAAAUGAUGAAGAGCACAGUUCAAGCUGCUAAAAGGGCUAUGUAAAACAAAACAUAUAUAUAUAUAUAUAUAUAUAUAUAUAUAUAAUGUUAAAUAUAAAAAAAUUUAAAAGAUUGUCGCUGCAUCUAAAGUCAGCAGGUUGGAAUUUGGUGUGACGUGGAGCUCUUCUUACGUUCCACAGGAAGUCCGCGCUCCACAGGAAGUCACGAGGAGCCCGUUAACGUCCACUCCGAUCAGUUCAAGCAAUAAUUUCUCUUCGUCUACGUUUCGAACAUCCCUUUUAUUUCCCCUCCAUCGUGUUCAAGAAUCUUGCGUGUAUGAGAGUCCGAGAUCUAGUAUUUACAACGUAAACGACGUCGACGAGAGAGAGAGAGAGAGAGAGAGAGAGUACGGUAAAUGAAUGUGUUCAUGAAUGUGUGUGGGUUUCUGCGAUUGAGGAACACUGAAAUAACACACACACACUUAUACACGCACAUACAAAACAACCUUAAUCCAUCACUCAGCACACCAUUCGCAUACAUUUCCUCGAAACCUAAAUAUGUAACAUAUCAGAGAGGACUAGAAAAAAAAAUGAAAAAAAAAAAAAAACAAGGAAAAGAAAUCAGUCUUUCUCUCUUUCCUGUAUGCAUUCCUCCUCGUCCUUCUCUCCUCUGCUCCUUGUUCCUUCUCUAUUUUUGAGAAAGAAGCUCUUUUGCAUCCCUUGUUCUUGUGUUUUUCUAUCAUAUUGUUUGAGAUCGAAAUUAUUACUGCAUGUGUUGGAUUUCAAAAGGAAAGGAGGGGGAAAAAAACUAAAUGAAACAAAGGUCUCGACUUUAUGUGCGAACAGAUGGAACGAAGUAACCAUCUUUUUCUUUCUCCAGGCUUUCUCUCGUUCGCAUCAGGCCGGGGCAGGGGGGAAAAAUUACAUGAUUCAUGUAGUCUAAUCAUCUUCAUCUGGUUUUUUUUUUUAUGUGCAUUUUUAGUGCACUUGGAGUUCAUAAUUUUUUUUAACAAAUCAUUACUAAAUAAAUAAAUAAAUAAAUAAAUAAAUAAAUAUAAACCCUGUUUUUGUUCCGUCAAAUUUUGUGUGUCCAAUGGUUUUGCCACUUCGUCUUUAAUUAGGCCCUAUUUUUCCCCCCUAGAAAGCCCUGAGAAAAAGAGAGCGAAAGAAGGAAAGAAUGAUAGAGAGAAAGACGGUUAUUAAAAGCGAAUGGUUUAUGCUAUUAAGACCGAUGCUGGACACAGUUUUAAUGUCAUAAUAUGUUACAAAAAAAAAAAAGAAAAAAAAAAAACAAA